UGCCAAUGUUUUUUCGCAGAAAACUAUGUAAAUAUGGAAGGUGAUGUAGUUGGCAUCAGAAUAUCUCCACCUGUUGUGGAGUUUGUUGACGCAACGAUCAAUGAAGUUCUCACCUUAAACCUAGUCGUUCAAAACGUCAGUAAAUUCAGCAAGAGAAUAAGAUUUCAUGCACCAGUAACAAAUAAAUUUAAGCUUCAUGUAACCAACCCAGAGAAGCCAGUUGCUCCUGGCUUGGAAAUUCAAGCAUCAGUUGAAUAUUUUAAUGAUUUGGCUGAAGAUGCUCGGGACAGAAUCAUUCUUUCAGUUGAUGAUGACAUAAUUGAAAUACCACUUUAUGCUUACACCCCCACCCCUCUACUUGAUGUGGAAGGACCAGUUGAUUUUGGAAUGGUGGUCGCCAACAGUCGCGUGUUGAGCCAGGAAGUUGCAUUGAUCAACCACGGAUCUUUAGUCGGAGAAUUCAAAGUGGUUUAUACUGGAUCCAAACCCAUUGUUAUCACUCCCUCCAGUGGUAAAGUAAAUCCGAAAACAAUCCAGUUGAUCAAAGUGGAACUUGUGACGGAUAAUCCAGGAGAUGUUAAUGAAACAGCAAGUGUGCAAUUGGAAGGAAUGCAAGACACAAAGCUGCAAAUUAAGGCCUGUAUUGUGGAGCAAUCAUUGCAGCUUUUGUCUCAGGAUAAGCAGUCUGCUUUGUCUUGUGUUUCAUUUGGACCAGCAUACUAUGGCACAGAUCGUAUUGAACCAGCAUAUCUUUUCAAUAACGGACCAGAACCAUUAAAAUGGGUGUCUGUGCUGGAGGAAGGGGCAGAUGGGGAAGAAGCUGGAACAGAUUUAACAAAAUCAACAGCAGCCAUGUUGGCAACAUCACCCAUGGAAAGAAUCCGUGGUCGAGCCUACGAUAUUCUAACCUCACUUAUUACUGUAUUGCCAAACCAAGGAACUAUUGGUCCUUACCAGAAAAUUCCGGUCAAUUUUAGAUUUAGUCCACGUUUCAACAGCUCAAGUGUUGGAUGGGAGGCGACAGAAAAACCUCCUCCUCGUCAGGAUUUUGCUCUUUUCAUGAAGUUUGAAAUGGUCGGAAGCAAUGACAGUUUUCUAUCUGAAUUAGAAAAUACUAACAAAAAAAUUGAAGUUGCAAUUCGUGCAACAGCGGUGCCAGUGCUGGUAAACAUUCAACCAAGCAAUACCUUUGAUUUUGGAGAGAUACUAUGCGGUGACCAUGCAAGUGCAUUGUGUACUCUUACAAAUGAGUCAGCACUUCUGCCACUAAACAUACAAUGUAAAAAGGUGGCUCAUUUCAACGCAACUCCUGUGCAAACCAAGAUAGCACCAGGCAAAACACAGGACAUCAUGUUGUCAUUCCAACCAAACCAAGCAGGGACUUUUCAACCUCUUCAAUUACUUGAUGUCCUUGGGAAGGUUUGUAUUGCAACGAAGGAAGAAGGCGGCUCAGAGGAAGUUACGCGAUUAAGAUUAACUUCAUUCCAAACCAUUCCCAUUCAACUUGUUGGAACAUCCAUAGCCAUUCCUAAGCACAGAGAACCCAAAGUGAACCCAGGUAUAACACCACUGGUCACAAAUGAAACUGGACAGUUUGUUGAUGUUACAUUUGAUGACAUUAACAAAGUGAAAGGGCAGCUUCGUACGACAAUCGUUAAUUCUGCCAAUGCUAAGCUUCACUUGCAGGGAGGGGAUAAAGUGAAAAAAGCUCUGGUUGCAUUUCCCAAUGAUAGAGCUCAAAGUAUCCGACCAUCGAAGCGUGACGAGGAAUAUCAAACUCCGUUCACGCGAAGCAAGCGACACACGUAUGUCGAUCCUGAUUACGCAUACACCAUUGAGGAGGAAAAUGCUCGGAAGCAACAUAAGGACAAGUACACCCACUUCCUACGUGAAUGCACAGAUAAAAGAGUCAGAAAGGAACAGACAAGAGAGUACAAAGAAAUCAACAAUGACAAGGACCUUGCUUUGAAACCUGCAGAUGGUUUAAAGCCACCAAAGCUAAAUGCACUUGAGUUUGAGACUCCAGUCCCCUACCAAAUCUCACCACUGAAAGAGAAACAUCGCCUUUUAACCACACGUCAACUUGCGAAUGAGGAGCGAAAAACAGCAACCCGUCCUGUUACUGAAGGUUUGAAUGCCGUCCCAACAACAUAUGCUGAAAAACAGGAUUGCAAAAGACACUUGUCACCACAGGAUUUGCACAAAGUAGUGAUUGGACCACCAACAAUAGAUUUUGGUGAAGUUUGUCUUCGUUCAACAAACAACAAACAACUCCACAUUGUAAACAAUCUCAACCACUUUAUUCAUGUACAAGUAACUAUUGACUGCAAGGAACUACGACAGACGUCUCCACUUUCACAAGUGAUACCAGCUCAGUCCAAAGCUCAGUUUACCCUCGUGUUUGAAUCAAACAGUGUUGGAAAGUUUCAACGUUCAAUCAGUUACUCUGUGAAUCGUCAGCAUGAAAGCCAUGUGUUAGUGCUUGCUGAUAUCGUGCCUGUGGCAUUGAAGUUAUCUUCCGAUUUUCUCGAGCUGUCAUCAGAAUCAGGUCUACCAGCAGAUGCAGGAUACAGAUCAACUGUGACUUUGUUUAACCAACGAAACUACCCUGCAGAGUUCACCUGGUCUCCUGUAUUAAGUGACAGGGGAACAGCAUUCUCAAUACGCCCUGCUACGGGAACUGUGGAAGCUUUUAAAGAUCUAAAAUGCGAGGUUGUUUUCCACCCAAGUUAUUUUGCACCGUUAGAAGGUGAGUUUCACAUGCAAGUUCACAAUGGAAAUUCAACUUCACUGAAAUGCUUGGCCAAGCUUGGUCCAACCAAUGUUCAGUUUGUAGAAAGAAGAAUAUUGUUUGGAAGUAUUCCUCUUAACAUGAGAUCCACUCGAACUGCAUUGCUUCAUAACACUGGCCACAACCAUGCUAUGUUUUAUGUGAUAAACUCAAACCCUUUCCCUGGAAUGACUGUGACUCCUGUGCAUGGAAUAGUCCCAGUUGGUGGGACCGCCGAACUCAAGGUUGUUCUUCUCCCCAACUCUGUAGUGAAGUUUGACACAUGGAUUCAAGUGAAUAUAAGAGGAUGGAAAACAAUUGACUUACGAAUGGGAGGAACUGUAGAACCACCUGAAGUUGAUAUUGAUGUGAAGUCAUUCAAGUUUCAUGGAGUAUAUUGUGAUUCCACUGUCUCGAUGCCUUUCAAUCUCAUCAACCACACAACCACUCGUGUUAAAGCUGAGUUUGACCUCACAAAGUUUGCAGACUUUACUCUUUCUUACCCAGAAGAAGAAGUGGAUGUUGAUCCAAAUGACCAGGAGUUAAUGCAACCAAACAGAUGGUGUGUUCAUCUAACUGGACUCCAAACCUUGCCUUGUGUGUUGACAUUCCAUCCUACUUCUGUUGCGUCAUACGAUUUCAAUCUCCCUGUAGUAAUCAACAAGACUGGCGCUCCAAGCCCAACCCCAAGCACUUUCCCCCCAACCCCUGUACCAUCGGAACAUCACAUUAUUACCCCAAGGCCAAUAGAAACUGCGAUACCCACCCCGCGUAGACGUGUAGUGGCAACCGCACUUCGUCCAAUCUUACAGCUGUCAUGCUCAAGGUUGGAUUUUUCCCUUCCAGUUUCUUUCAUGGACAUGAGCAUUCCAGAUAACGCUGGUGGUGAUCGUAAACAAUUCACAUUAACAAAUAAAAGUGAUUCUCCAGUUACCUGGGAGAUGGAUGUAACAUCAGCUGGAAAUUACCUUGAAGACAAUGCAUUUUCGUUUGUGAAGCCAGGAGGUGCCUGGUAUCCACAAGACAAAGUUAGUGGCGUAAUUGAACCACAACAGUCUACCAUCCUUACUGUUAUAUUCUGCCCUAAAAAUGUGGGAAGCUACGUUUACAAUAUACCUGUGAUUUUAAAUGGAAAUAAAGCAAAACCUUACAGACACAUAUACUUGAAUGCCCUUCUUCAAGCACCCACCAUCACAUUUGAUCCACUUGCAUUAGUUCUAACCCCUGUCCCUCUAUCCACUGCUGUAUAUGCUGAGUUCAAUAUCAUUGCUUGUGGCUACAACAAACAAAACAAUUUAAAAGUUGAGAUACCAGAUGUAGAGUCAGAUGACGGAUCAACCAUCUCAUGUUUUGCACUCGAGUUUCCAAAUGGACCUAUUAUUCCUGCUCCAACUAAAACUAAACCAACAGACAUUAAAGUAACAGCCUUGCUUCCUUGCAUUCUAACUUUCAGUUCCGAUAAACCAGUUUCUGCCACUGUGGAUUUAACAUUGACUGAUGAAGCUGGCAGAAGAUUUAGCAUCCCAGUCACAGCCACUGCUGACAACUGCGUGCUUACAGUUUAUCCUUUUCUCGCUGCUCAUAGAAAUGACCACCAGAUAGUUUGUGAGCAAGACAAAGCACUUAGAGGACCAGCACAAGAUGUUAACUCAGUCAGUCUCGGUGAAGCAGUAUUGUUGCCGUGUAUUUCUCCCCACCGGCCUUCCACACGAGGGAGCACAAGUGCCACGAGUUCUCAUUUCGGAACUGCAUCGUCAACAUUUGAUGAGUCAACAAACUCUCCUUCAGAACUGGACACCAUGAGUACCUCAUACUACUUUUCCUCCUGUAAUUUCUCCUCUACCCCUGACACCAUCACAUUUAAAUCUGACUGUAGUUUGUGCUCAAGAUGCAGAGAAUCGGAGUUUGUGCAUAGUUCAAGAGAUGGUGCUCAACCAGCGUUACCAGCCAACAGUGACACCACUGGUACAUCUCGUCACAGAGUUAACGUCGCAAAGAAUGCAACGCAUGAUGUUGCUUCACUCAACAAAGGCCCAGUAACAAACCAACGAAACACAGAAGAUGCCUCUGCACAACGAGAACUUAUCUCUCGUUCCCUUGGUUCGGCCGUCUUCCCAUUUGAAAGUUCAUUGGAAGCUCACUUUCAUCAUGAAGUAUUGCUCGCCGCCCAACGUUGGUUUUCAGCGCAUGGUUGGCCCGGUGGUCUCUUCCCUAUCACUGUUCCACAAUCACUAAGACGUCUUGUUACUCGAAUCCCAUUUGAUGACGAGGAGAUAGCUGCUCGCUGUGGCCCUCCAGUGACUGCAGACAACCCCAAAAGAAAUCGGAUGAAUUUUGGAGGUUGGGACACCAGCUUGAAGAAAGAUGUGAAGACAAUUUAUGACAUGCUUCAACAUUUAUGUGGAAGAAUGGUUCCUGGCAUCCCAAUCAACCAACCAUUACCACGAGAUCCAACCGAACGUAUUCUUCAACUACAUUGGCAACAUUCAACUCUUCUUACUUUUCUAAGAGGCCAAGGUGCAUCAGUGGCAGCCAUUCGUCCCGAGUUUCUUUUAACCCCACGUGAUUACCGUCGUUGGGUCAAAAUCAGGGAGCGUGACGCAAAAAAGCAGGACAAAGUAAAUGGACGAGUGACUGUAGAACCUUCAGAAGGUGGGAAAUCUUUAGAUGAAAAGAUAACGCUUGCUUCCAACAUCCAUAUUGAAGAAGAACUUUUUGAGUCAGUCUCAAAACGGGCGUGGACAGAUUUACUGCUCCAGCUCUUCAAGGUCUUAGUGUUGUCAAGGAUUGCCUCAAGCCAAGCAAGCAGCACAAAACUGAACAAAAGUAUUCCAACGGUGAACCCCGACCCGUUAGCAAGCAAUGUAUACAGCACUGGUGAACGAAUUGUUCUAGCAUGGCUCAACCAUCAUUAUGAGAUACAACGCCAUUUAGUGUGGGGGGAUAGGGCUUUACAACCUGUGGAGAAAAGCAAAGGUGGAGAACCUCCAUCUAGAUGGGUCGUCAACUUUGAUUACGAUCUCUUGGAUGGCCUCGUGCUUGCUUCUGUUGUGUCUGCUUACUGUCCGUGGCUGAUUGCUGAUCACUUCAGUGAGAUGUACACAGCCCCUGCCAGUCCUGAGCAGUGUCUGCACAACACACUAAUCCUAGUGAGAUCACUUAGAAGUGCCGGCAUUGAUUACGAUAUUCAAGCAACUGACAUAACCGACCCAAACCCCAUCUCUUUAUUGUUGUUAUGUGUUUAUCUGUAUCAAAACCUUCCACAAUAUGCUCCUAAAUCAACAGUUGAGUUUGUUGGUGCGCUUCACUCUAUUGUUCGCAGACAGGUUCGUUUAAACAACCCAAGUUCACGACCUCUAACGUACAUUGCUUCAAUAUUCGGGCGUGAUCAGAAUGAUUUCAGCUUACCUGGUGGAAAUGAAGUCAAUGUACCUCCCAGAGGAGAUGUAAACUUGGAUGUGAACUUCACAAGUCGAUUGAUUCGGCCCGCAGAAGCUGUGCUUGUGUUGGUUGGAAGACGAAACUCAAGUUCCAACUCUGGUUCGAGACUGAACGGGACCGUGGGUUCAACUCUUGUGUUCAACAUGCGGACUGCUGUGGAUGAUAUUCACCCCAUAAAUACUGUGAAAGGGGAUUCUCCAUGUUAUGAGAUGAAGAAGAUUGAUCUCAUGGUAACCAACCCAUUUAAACAAGAUGGAAAAUUCCGGAUUGUUCUGGUUGAAUCCAGUGAUGGACCUCCAUCUCCGCUCGACAUCGGGCAAAGGGGAGGUGUAGCGAAGAGUGCCAAGAAAACUUUGUCGUCUAGGAUAAAAUCGGUCAAAUCACGAACUGACCACGGCCAACCAAAAGAAUCCUCCCCACCACCAAGCCCUCCUCCAGAAGAACGACCUGUUCCUGAUGACCUCACAAGGAAGACAAUAGACCAAGGCCCAACUAUGACAUCACAAUUGACAGCAUUCUUCUGCCAUGAAUGCUACAUUUCUCUGGAGGCUGGAAAAUCUAAAGUUUUACAGUUGGAUUUCCUUCCAUUCAGCAUUGGAAGAAAAUAUUGCUCCGUGCUCUUCGUGGAUGAGGAUGUGGGCGAGUUCCUCUAUGCAGUUGAAGCAACAUCCAGUCUUCCUCUUCCUUCAUCCGUUCCAUUCAACUCUGCUUCUCAACAUUCAGUCCGGAUUUCAAGUGCAGCCGCGGCAGAGAGAGGUAAAGGUUUGUUUGGCGGCGACGAGCGAAUUAUUUACUGGAAAUGUGAAAACAAUUCAACUCUGCAAGAAAAGCUUUUGGUUCCUGUUACAAAUGAAGCAAAAGAAAAAGCUCUUAGAUUGGCUGCGAGACAGAGGAUGUCGAAAAAAGAACAAGAAAGAAGGAUUUUAACAGGAACGUUGGAUAGUGGUAGUGUUACAGCAGCAAUUGCUGCUAUGGGGUUAGUUGACACUGAGCAGUACAACGACAUGCGUGACUCCCUUUCCCAAUUUCACCCUCCAUCUGCCCCACCACGGCCCCGAGGAACCACUUUUAAUGUGGAAGCAUCUUCUGAAUGGUUCCAGGCCCAACCCUCAAUUAUAAUUCCGUCCCCAAUGACAUUUGGACCGCCCCCAGCAUCAGAGAUGAAAACAAGUAAUGCUGGACCUAAUGACAGACAGAAUGAUGGUACCGUUCCAUUAGAAGUGAGAUUUUCACCAAAAGGUCCCGGGCACUACCCGUGUGACAUCAUCCUCAAGUCACCCGGUGAUGUCCGUGUAUACAGGGUGGAAUGCACUGUGAACCCCGCAGGGACGACGGCGCGUUUCGAUUUCCGCACUCCCGCUCAUCAGAGCGUAACACAGAGCAUUCCUAUCCAAAAUGCAUCAAACCAUGAUUGGGAAUUAGAAUGUCUGAUUGAUGGCAAAGGUUUCUUUGGGCCAAGUUUUAUGACAGCAAAGGCAGGACAGACAACAUAUUUUCCCCUCAUGUUCAAACCUCAUUGUGAAUGUUCAAUUACUGGCAAGCUCACCAUUAAAAACAAAUCUGAUGGCACUGAACAUCUGUUUAACUUGCGAGGGAUUGGCGGAAGUCCUCUGUCUCUUGAUCACAUUCAACUCAGUUGCAAAUGCCGAGAGGAUUUUAAAUACACGGUGUCUGUACCAAACUUUGCACCACACAAGCUCAACUAUAAAGUUGUCACUGAUAUUCCUUACUUGGAUGGUGUGACUUCUGUUACUGUGUUGAAGGGCCAGCAAGCGGAUUACAAUUUCGUUCUGUCUCCAUGGAAACAAGGAUUAACAAAAGGAGUUCUCGCUUUCGUUGUGGAGGAUGCUGAGAAAUCAAAGUUGGUGAGCAAAGAUGAGAGUGACUCGGAUAAAGAAGAGGAAGAUGAAAGAACUGUUGAGUCCGUCACGCCAGCGUAUCUCAAACCAAAGAAGGAACUAGAUGCUAUGCAGAGUUAUAGAGUUUGGUAUUCAAUUGAAAUAGAUGCUAAACCAUCGGAACCACUUGGAAAUCUAAGGUUUGAAUGUCCAGUGCAACAAAUGGCAUAUUUCGAUAUCCCAGUCAGAAACCCAUGCGGGGAAAUUCUCAACUUUGAUGUUAAAGUAUCAGGUAAAGCAUUGAAAGGAGAAUCUGAGUUUUCACUUCGACCUAGAGUUCCUGGUUCUUAUCAACUCAAAUACUCUCCAUGUGUGGUUGGUACCAGUGAAGGGUCCGUGUUCUUCUGCAGUGAGCAUACCGGUGAAUUCUGGUAUAAACUGGAGUUGGUGUGCAUGCCCCCACCACCAACCCACCUGCCCGCUAUGGAUUGUCAGCUUGGUCGAUGGUGUCGUCAACUUAUCUCGAUGAACAAUCCAACUGAUGAUCCCAUGGAGGUGGAGGCCACCCUCACCAAUGAUGUCAACUUCUCUCUUGAUCUUCCAACCUCCAGCAUUGAUCUUCAGCAACAUCCAUAUUUCUGUGUUCCUCCCAGAUCAUCAUUGGAUGUUCCCAUUCAAUUCAUGCCAACAUCACUUGGAGCUCACAACCACCAAGCUACAGUAAUUCUCCGAAGCAAGCAGCUUGGAGAAGCCGCUUACCUCAUAAAUGGUCGUGGUUUGGCCCCAACACCCAUGGAACCUGUCAGUGUGAGCGCCGGUGUGGGUUCAAGCACCUCACUCAUAUUACCUUUCCGAAAUCCAACAGACACCACUGUGAUUGUUGAUGCAACAAUAUGUGACCAUGAACAAACAAUGAAUGGAAUAUCAAGCUCAAUUCUAAGGAACAGUAUAACUGUGGAUUCAGUAUUCUGUCUCCUACUGAAGCACACAAGCAACAUUCAAUUGGAACCAAAACAGUCGCUUGACAUUCCAUUCACUUUCUCACCUGAUACAAUGCGAAGACAUGAAGGAGCGCUAACAAUCUCUGUUAGAAGGAAGGAUGGAAUGCCAUGGCCUGAAGAAACAGAUGGAAUAGAAGACUUGACAGGUUUAAAUGGGCAAAAAAUUGAAACAGUUGAACAAAUUCGACCGAUCAGCAGAACCGAUGACGGUCGAAUAGAAAAAAUAAGAUGGGUAUUCCCCAUACAUGGGAUUCCAGAAGUUCGUUCCCAAGAAACCAGAGAGGCAUUACUUCAAUGUCAAGCUCGUAGUCGAAUUGAAGAACGACUUGAAGUAACUCUCACAGGUGCCAUACCAAGCUCUGCAUCGGCUCAUAGUCUUACUAGGUUACGAGCGGUCACACCACUUGAUAAACAACGACAAGCAGCACAGGAUGGCGUGGUGGUGGAAGGUCAUUCAGUAGCAGAGGAGUUCUCGUAUAAAAUAGAAUUUCCCGACUCAGAAUCUCGUCAGCAGCUUGAACAAGCUUUAGCUGUAAGUUUGGUUCGUAAGGAAAGAGACCCACACACAGGGAUGGUGGUGCUGGUGUUUAACCUUGUUUUUUCACCAUUUAGACCAUUAAGCCAUACUGUUACUCUGACGGUAACAGCAGCAACAGGAGGGGUAUGGAGUUUCCCUCUCGCCAUUCGUGCAUCUGAACCACCUCCUGAUGAUGUGAUUACUGUGGAAGCUGCAGGAUUAGGAAAAGGUUCAACUGUCAGCUUUGUGCUUUUCAGCCACUCCAGGCACCCGACUCCAUUCAACGCUUACUUUGUCGGUGGUAGUGACAAUGAAUUUAUCGUGACGCCAGAAUCAGGCGAGCUGCAGCCACAAGGAACGAAUGGAACCAGACUUUCUGUUACCUUCACCCCAAAUAUGUAUGGAAGGUCUUAUAAAGCAAGGCUGGUGGUUCAGACUUUAGAUAUGCAGUGGACCUAUGACGUUAAAGGGGUUACUCCCGAGUACCGCGUGCCUAAGGUCCAGUCGGCGAUUCUUACGUCGACGCUUGCACGCCCUCGUGUGUUGGCCCAGCGUCCCAGGGUAAACUACGUUCGGAAAAACAUGAAAUUAAAUGCUACAGCCGUCUCCUCGCCCAUCAAGGGAAUUCCACUGUUCCAGAAACAUGUUGAAAGUUUGUAAACCGAUUGGUUUGUUUUAAGUAUUACUCGGAAAAUACAACUUUUAUCUUUCAAUGACACAGCGAUGACACCAUGGCAAACGAAACGCAAACGAAACGGUUUUUACUAAGGUUUAGUUUUAUAUGAAACACGAUUUUUAUAUUUUCAGUUUUAUAUUUUCAGAAGUUCAAAGUAGAUGUUUACGAUUUAUUGGCUUGUGUUGUAUAUAUAUUAUGUAUGAUAUAGAAUAUAUAUUUAACUUGUUUUCUUUGUAGUUUGAUUUUUUUAAAUAAACAAGUCGUUAAAAUAUGUGCGGCGAACAGUGAACAUAGAACGUCUGCAACAAGCAAAAAUAUCUGUGAGAUUUUUUGGAUUUUUAACGACAAACAAAACAUAUCUCUGAAAAACUAAAAAUUGUCUAUGACAAACAAACAACGCGGCGACUAUUUAAAUACCGGGCUAACUGAUGUAAGGGCCCUAUGGCAGCAUUCAAGCGAUAGCUUCUUUCUUUUGUUGGCCAACAUUUUCAAAAAAACACAUUUUCAAAAUAAAUGUAUUUUCAUUUGCAAAACUCAUUCUCAGAAGUAGUUUUAAAAGCCAGUCUAAUACAGAACUAGUUUUAUCCGGCAUCCGCAUCUAUAACACUUCAUAGGAAUAAUAUUUUUCGAGUAGAAAUGAACAUAUGAAAUUUGAACCCCUGUUGAAUA